AUGGCAGCUGGAGCUUCCGCGCUCGCUGUCUUGCACGCCGUUGGGAGGGAUGUGUCUACGGGAACUAGCCAUCGUCGUUACGCACCCGUAGUCGUCGGCCGCAGUGGAGAUUCCUCUCCAGCUCCUAAUAUCCAAGCCCGUCAGUUGAUGGCGCAGAGGAGAGCGUUGAGACAAAAGAGAUGCGCUCCCAGGGUGCCCGGAUCCGGCGAUAAUAGCCUAGCCCCUUCGGAGACGACCUCUUCUGUCUCCACUGAAGCCACUGAAGUCCCCGUUAAUGUUGCUCCUGCCCCCUCUCCCUCCGACAAUAACAACAACAAUGUCAAUAAUGAGACUCCCGCCCCCGCCCCUUCUGACACAACUCCGGCUCCCUCGAAUGGCAACAGUGGCGAUACCUUCACAGGCGAACUCACGUAUUACGACGUUGGCCUCGGAGCCUGUGGCAGGACCAACAAUAAUGGCGAGAUGGUUGCUGCCGCCUCCAU